GGAUAAAGAACAAACCCAAGAAAAAUAUAAUUACUAAAGAUACAAACUGGAACAAAUGAAAGUGCCAAAGAAUAUGAAUGCUAAAACUAUGUUAGGUUUAAAAAUGGUCAAUAGUCCAAUACAGUUGUGGUCAAGAGUUUGCAUAUAUACAAUGUACUUGACAGAAAGUGUUUAAUGAGUGGCUGAUUAGCAACAGAAAACUAAUGGCUGCCAAAAAUUGGAAAAGUCUUGAAUUUGGAAUUAAACAUAGUCAGUCCAAGUGCAUGUACAUGUACACUUCUGGCCACAGCUGUUUGUCACCACGUGGAAAAACUCUACGGUAAACAAAGUGUAAAUGAAACUAAUAGAAGUUAGAAGAAUCCAACAACAAAACCAAGGCAUCUUUAUGCUUUCACUAAGAUCUGUUGAACGGAACAACCAAAUUUAAGGCUUUCUUUUCCUCCCAGGUGUUGGGUUAGCAACAAUGCUGUGGUCGGCCUGAUAUGUUCUCUGGCAGUGCCAGCUUUGGUAAGUUCACUUUACCACUUACGUUCUGCUGUCUGGAAGGAAAGAAGGCUCAACAAAAUACUCACAAUUCGCCACUGACACCACACAUCGAUACUUGGUGGCAUAACCUGAAUGCCCACACCAUGCAGUAAGGCGCGAUUGCGAUUUUCAAGUGCGCACUCUGUACAAGUUUGUUUUGUUUUCACAAACUGUAACUUAUCAUGAUAUUACCACAAAAAUUGUUUACACUUUGAAUGAUUCUGCAGCCAAGUACUCCACAGAUAAUGUCAAACAUUGCAUGGUAUAUUUCUCGCAGUUGACAAUCUUGUACAAUGUCAGUGCUUAAAAUGUGGACAAACAAAAUAUUUUAACAUGAAAUGCACCUUUUACAAAUGAGUCUCAACAGGUUGCCUUACAAAUUGCAGAAUGACUACAUCAAAUUACAAUUUUAAUUCAGGAGUAUAUGCAGUGAGUAGAACAAAAAAUUACAUUGAUCCACAAUAUUAUGUGCCUCAAACUCUGCAGUUUGAAAAUCUGACCUUUUUGUCUAGCAAAAAGAUUACUUCGGCUCGUAUCAUCUUCUACUCAGAUCAAUGUUCUGGUUCUGGUUUACGUCUCGGGAAAGAAUGUCCCAAUCGGCACAGUGAUGCAGAGUGGCACCGACGAUGACCAGACUACCAGGCAGAGAGCAGUUGAUGGAUUGAGAUCCAACAUACUGGUCCUGGUGCUGCUCUGUGUCUGCUGGGGUUUUGGCAUCGCUGCCUUCCAGCUGCAAGACGACUUCCUGCAGCAGGCCUUUGCCAUCUCGGCUCUUCUCCUGGGCUUGUGCUUCUUCAUGAUGUAUCUGGUGCUCAGUCAUGAUGUUAGGAGAGCUAUUCUGCAUGGUCGGAAGAGCCGCCGACGGAGAAGCAGAACCAGGAUGAACCUUCGAAAGAGGAAAUCCAGUGAUUCACUGACAAGCUCAACGAAUCCUGAGCCGAUGGACGCAAGACAACUGCCACCAAGCAGGAACGAGCAGUCGAUGGGCUCAACUUCAACGGCUCUGUCGCAGCACAACACCCACUCCGUCACAACCAACUGCACCGACCUUGCCAAUGACCCCAUACACGAAGAGGCUUAUGGACCCUACAGGAGGGGCUUCCAAGACAUGCCAACGGAUCCUGGGAACAUUGGCUAUGACCAGCGGAUGAUACCAUGGAGCAACCUUGGGCUGGCCAGGCCGGGUCCUGAGCGUUUUGGUGACAGGUCUCCCCAGAAGGUGAAAGGCGGUGACCAGUCCCUAGACGUGGUGAGAAGGGGAAGGAGAGAAUCCUCACCGCUGAAGAGGAGUGGGAACAUUGUCCUUAAUCACAGGAUUAUCAGGGACUCGGAAGAAAGCAGGUCCACAGAGGAAGAUUCUCAAGAGAAACGACGGAAGAAACGCCACGUCUCAACCGUCAGUGGGAGCAGUCCCAGUGUAGACAUGACAUGCAUGCCAUUCAUGAUGGACUGGAGGGAUUACAGGGGCUCCAGGGUGCAUCCCAUGCCACUGGAUGAGAUCCCCUACUCCAUGAAUUAUAGCCAGGACAUGUACCAACCUCAGUACAUUCACCCCAGGAUGGCUGGCUUCUUCGCCCAACCUCACCGUGCCCUGCCAGGCCCCGCCCCCUCAAUAGGGAGGGGGCCUAUUUCUAUUCCAGAAACAAGAGACUUGAGAAGGGACCUAGGUGGCUUCGAAAGAAGUGAUGGUUACUAUGGCAGUGAGAAGAGAAGUCUCCGGGAUGGCUUCUAUGAGGUACAGCAUCAAGCUCUGGAUAGGUCAAGGGCUGGGUUUGGAGGUCAGAGUUCACGUAGCAGUUACCACAGAAGAGAUGGUAGCCGUGGAAACUGGGCAAGUGAAGUAAAUGAGAGCAAUCCCGGUCCAUCUGGAUAUAGUCCACGAGGCGAUAGCAUUGAUUCGCAGCACAGCAACAGGAGCUCCGAGGGUGAUGACUACAAGGACGAUGCCACCAAGGAGAGGCAUUCUGGGAGAAAGGGCAAAGGUCAGAGGUCGAGCAGGAGCAGGAGCAGAAGCCAUGGAGGAAAGAAGCACAGACAAAAAAGCAAAACGAAGGAGACUUAAAGCAGCAGUCUCAGGAGACUGGGGAUCCAAGUGAACAUGCUGAAUGGAAGAACACCAGAACACCCACCGUGGCUGAUAUGAAAUUGUACUGACAAUUUGAAUAACAUGAAGACUUCUGCGAAGUGAAAGUGCUAUUUUAAAAACAUUUCUAACUGGAAAGUAAGCAGACACACAGACUAAAGUGUUUUGAGGAGUAAUGCAACGUUGCUUAAUGCCCCGUGCCUUUCCUCUAAUUCAGACUACCAAUGACUGCUGCAUUACCAAGCACACAGUUAUGGUGUGUGCGCAUGUACAUGUAACUAUGUGAAGAUGGUAGACAAAAAUGGCUAAAAUGAAUAAGCAAUAAGGACUGAUUACAAAUGCAACUUGAAUACUAUUAAAUAAAGGAGACAAGUACCUAUACGUGUACAUGUAUGAUUGUAAAUGCAUGCAGAAGAGAAGUCUUAUCCUUCCACUUUGUCAAAUGUUUUGCUGUAAAUAUACAGUUUUUUAUUGUUUUGCUUCAUGCUUAAAGUCAUUUGACAUUCUCCUGUUGUUAAAGGUAAAAAUCAUGAAUAGUGGAUUGAAAAAGGCUGAUUUAAAUCAGCAAGUGGAUUAGAAAAGGCUGGGCACUAUUCAAGACGGCUGGGCACUAUUCAAGACGGCUGGGCACUAUUCAAGACGGCUGGGCACUAUUCAAGAAGGCUGGGCACUAUUCAAGAAGGCUGGGCACUAUUCAAGAAGGCUGG